UUUGACAGUCUGCUCCUGCUGCUGCUCCUGCGGCUGUAGGGUCUGUCAUGACUUGAAAAGGGAUGUGAGGGCUGAGAGGAACUGUCGCUCUGAAGUCUCAGCCUCUGCUAAGUGAUCUCCCUGCCAGGCAGACUAGACACGAUUUUCUGCAGGGCUGCAAACUUGGACCUAUCACCCCCUCCAUCUAGCCUGAGACACAAGGCAACAUUGUGGCAGAGCAAAAAGGGGCAAAAACUACUCCAUCAAAGGCGAAGGCUGGGGAAAUGUUUUAAAGAGUCCGUCUGUGGGUCAGAGAAACCUGAGGCCACUGAAGAUGGAGAAUGAGACAGUCAGUGAACUGAACCAAACCGAGCUCCAGCCCCAAGCAACUGUGGCGUUCGAGUACCAAGUGGUCACUAUCGUCCUUGUCUUCCUUAUCUGCGGACUGGGCAUCGUGGGCAACAUCAUGGUAGUCCUGGUGGUCACGAGAACCAAGCACAUGCGAACCCCUACAAACUGCUACCUGGUGAGUCUGGCCAUGGCAGAUCUCAUGGUCCUGGUGGCUGCAGGCCUCCCCAACAUAACCGACAGCAUCUACGGUUCCUGGGUCUAUGGCUAUGCCGGUUGCCUCUGCAUUACUUAUCUCCAGUACUUAGGAAUUAACGCGUCCUCGUGUUCAAUAACAGCCUUUACCGUGGAGAGGUACAUAGCCAUCUGUCACCCCAUCAAAGCCCAGUUCCUCUGCACAUUUUCCAGAGCCAAAAAGAUCAUUAUCUUUGUCUGGGCCUUCACAUCCAUUUACUGUAUGCUCUGGUUCUUUCUGCUGGAUCUCAAUAUUAGCACCUACAAAGAUGCUAUUGUGAUAUCCUGUGGCUACAAGAUCUCCAGGAAUUACUACUCACCUAUUUACCUAAUGGACUUUGGUGUCUUUUAUGUGGUACCAAUGAUCCUGGCCACUGUGCUCUAUGGAUUUAUAGCUCGGAUCCUCUUCUUAAACCCCAUCCCCUCAGACCCUAAAGAGAACUCUAAGAUGGGGAAGAGUGACUCAACCCAUCAGAACAAGAAUUCGACUUUAAAUGCCACUAACAGAUGUUUCAACAGCACUGUAUCUUCCAGGAAGCAGGUCACCAAGAUGCUGGUAGUGGUCGUAAUUCUGUUUGCCCUUUUAUGGAUGCCCUACAGGACUCUCGUGGUUGUCAACUCAUUUCUCUCCAGCCCUUUCCAAGAAAAUUGGUUCCUGCUCUUUUGCAGAAUUUGCAUUUAUCUCAACAGUGCCAUCAACCCAGUGAUUUACAACCUCAUGUCUCAGAAAUUCCGUGCUGCCUUCAGAAAGCUCUGUAACUGCAAGCAGAAGCCCGCCAAGAAACCUGUCAACUACAGCGUGGCACUAAAUUACAGCGUCAUCAAAGAGUCAGACCGGUUCAGCACAGAGUUGGAUGACAUCACCGUCACUGAUACUUAUGUGUCAACCGCCAAAGUGUCAUUUGAUGACACCUGCUUGGCUUCUGAGAAGAAUGGAGCUCAUUCUUGUGCAUAUGACUAUUCUUUGACUGCCAAACAGGAAGAAAUAUGAACAUCCUCAAGAAGUCUUGGGUUGAUACUAACAAAAGUGAAUCUUUCCAGAAAAGAAAUAAGUACAAUAUGACUCAGAAUAAGGUGGUUCCUAAUGAUCAAAGGCCUUCAUUCAGAGUCAGUAAGGACAUCCUGCCACAAUAAGACACAGUAAGGAAGCUAACAUUUAAUCCUUAGUCAAGAGUGCAAGCCACUCCUGUGUUGAUAGACACAGAAAUUGCCAGAGAGUUUAUCGUAAUAUGUGCUUCGCCUGUCUCUGUCUCAAGAAAUUAUCAUUUACCAGAUGACUCUGAGAACAGUCUGAAAACCACUUUGUUCUGAGCCUCUGCAUAUAAUCUUCAAGAAUCUUGAAUGCGGAAUAGCUCAGAAAAAGCAAGUAAACAGAAAAUGCCAUUAGGGCAAGCUCGUUUCAUCUUUGUACUCCAGAAAUUACACUCAGACUGUGACCUUGACAUUGACUUUCUGUUGAACGAGUGAAUAAAUAAGUAAAUCUCCUACUAAGAAAUAUCACCUAAAAUCUUCAUUAUGCCUGACUUUCCCGUAGAUUUACCUUUGCAGUUAUGUAAUUUGUAUGUAGUUUGUUUCUAUUUUCUUAAGCCAUUCUCCUGGAUCACUAAAAUGUCCUCUGAUUGUGUCAGAUGAUGGUGAUAGCCAUUCUGUGUGUGUAUAUUAUGAGUACAAAUUUCAAUAGCACCCUCACAUGUCACCUAAUUUAAUAAUGAUACAGAUUAUUAAAUUGUCUGUGUGUUCAGAGAGUGACAACAUAUUGUUACUGAAAUGUGAAUAAAAAUAAUACAGCAUGCAGAGUACACGGUAGAGAGACAAGUUACAUGAUUUUGUACUAUGCACAUUAGAAUUCCUCUUGGGGAAAAGACUAUCACCAGGUCCUAGAGUCAUUAGAAGGAAUUUAGAAAGAAGCCUGGAUUUCUUUCGAGGAUAGACUUGGUUUAGGCAGUUAAGAAAAGACAAUCCACAUAAGAGAAAGGAGAUGAGUAAGUGAACAGUAAAAAGAAUCAAAUCUGGAUACUAAGACUAUAUUUCCAGUGCAGUAUAACUAUCAGGAAUUAGUUUAGGUAAGCAACUAGUAGAAAGGAAAUGAAAUACUUCCUGAUGCUUAGACACUGUAGGUAAAUGUGUAUAUAAAAUAAGCUAUAGUGUAUUUUCUAAACCCUGUAAAUUUCAUUUAUUAUCUAAAGAAACUAUAGUAUACUAUUUGUCUUCUAUGCAUCAUUAAUUCUGAAAGUAUUCUUAAAGUCACAACUUUCCAAGUAAAACCAUAUUAUGUAUGUGUAUAUCUUUUCUAUAGCACAUUGUCAUCGUAUAUGGGGAAAUAUUCACUUAUGUAUAUAGGAUUCAGAGGUCCUUAACAGCCACGAAGUUAUCCAGUUAAACAUAGAGAUCAGUGCUAGCUCACAGGCCCUUCGUGAACCUAAGCACCCAUAUUAAAUGUGAUACUGAAGAGCAGCGAAUAGUUUUGUACUCCCUCGACCUGCUGGCUUGCACGUUGCUCACAUCAAGCCGUCUCCGAAUGUUUUGGUUUCCUUUUACAACUGUUGUGGAGAGCUGUAGGCUGACUCAUCCCUCGGCUUGGAAGUUAACCACUGUGUCCAUGUGAACAAAGACCUUUUUUUCUUUAGGGAAGUGCAGUAUUAUGCGUCCUCUCUACAGCAGGAAUCUUUCUUUCUGUAUGCGUGUGGUGAUCAAUAAAGCAUCUAAUUGAAA